AUGGCUGCCCUGCACAACGCUCUCAAGUCUCUUGGGCCACUGGACAUAGCCGAUGCGCCCCUAGACGAUCUCAAGCCCUUCUUGUCAGAUGCUUUCAGCAAAGGACAGCUCCUUGUUGAUUCUGUGCCUAUCGCCGUUGCAUCCGAGGAAAUUAUAUCUUCAGAGGGACGCUCACGCGCGAGCUCUUCCGCAUCGUCUGCAUCUGAGAUAUCACUUUCCCAUGCUCGAUCGGAUCCCCCACCCUCUGACGUCGAGGCUUUGCAAAAGGAAUGGAAGCAGGUCAAAUUGAAUCCCAAGGAAAACCCUUUGGGGAUGAGUGUUUAUAAACUUGGAGGAAAGGACGGGAAAGGAUCUUGGUUUGCUCGGCGGAGUGUACAUGAAGGCUUGGGGUUCACAAAAUGGAAGAAGGGAUUGGAAAGAGAAUUUCCCGAAACGAUGAAGGUUGCGGGUGGGCCUGGAGAGGGGAAUAUCAGAGGAAUUGGUGGUGAGAGGAGAAUGGAAUACAGGUUUGUCGAUGGCGUAGGAAAGGUGGAAGUAUACCUUCUUUCUGCUCAGUUCCCAGGACCAACAACUCCUCGUGACUUCGUUACCAUGGUCAUAACUUCUGACCAAGCUCUUUCCGACCAGUCAGAGAGUGGCAAAGAUGUUCCUCGGCACUUUAUGGUUAUUUCCCGGCCCUGCACUCAUCCAGAUGCACCUCCACGUGAAGGGUUUAUAAGAGGACAAUAUGAAUCUGUCGAGUUUAUAAGGGAGAUCCCUAUAUAUAAAGCUCCCCGAAAAUCUUCUUCGACUACAAAUUUACCCGCUACUCGAAGUAGAGCCGCAUCCACGCUCAGCAAAGACGCAAUCCUGCGGAACGCCAAGAAAAGCCACCCUUUCUCAACAAGUGAAACUGGCCAUACAGCAACGGGUAAUCUGGGACUUUUCGACGAAGAGCAGCCCAGGGUCGGAGGGAGAGCUAGAGGGAAGACUAUUUCUUUCGACAUCUCAAGAGGAUCGGACGCAAAGGGUGAGCAUGUGGAUGUCCCACGCGAUGAUGACGAAAGCGAAUGUAACCCCAUCGAAUGGAUUAUGAUAACCAGAAGCGAUCCUGGCGGUAGCGUACCCCGAUUUCUUAUUGACAGGGGGACGCCAGGGGGUAUCGUGUCGGACGCAAGCAAGUUUCUUGAUUGGGCUUGUGGAAAGGACAUUAGUGAGCUCGAAAGUGACGACGAAUCUCAAUUGGAUGAUGGUCCAGACACAGGUGGACAAGCGGACCACCAUCGCAGCAAUGACUACAUUCAGAAGCGAGAUUUGCAUACUUUCCAAACAAACGGGCAUCUAGCAGGGAUAGAAGAAAUUACAACGCCAACCACCGAGAUUCCGGCGCAGGUUACUAACCACCUAGAUCAAGUCACAGGAGGCUUAUAUGGCUUAGUUUCUGGGGUUGCCGGCGCGGCUGGUGGUUUUGUAGCAGCUCACACCCCUACUGUCGUGUCACAUAACUUUUCCCGUACUGAGGAGACUAAGGCUGGCAGUCCGUGUCGAGAUUCAGUUUCAUCCAUAAGCAGCGUGUCUUCGGCUGGGAGCUUCACUUCUGCACUUGAAAACUAUGGUGAAAGUGGGAACGAUGCUUCAUCAACUAUAACUAUCGAAUCAGGGGCCCAGAGGAGGACUACAGCUUUACAAGACCGCGAACUUCAAAAGUUAGAGGAGAGAAAGCGAAAGCUCGACGAGAAACUGAACAAGACCCGUGAGAAGGAAUUGAAUAAGAAAAGUGAGGACAGUGUGAAAGAGGAGGAAGCAAUCAGAAAGGCUGAAGACCGGCACGAGAGAGAAAAGAGGAAGCAGGAGGAAAGAUAUAGAAGAGAGGUCGAGAGAUUGGAGAAGAAGAAAGAGAAGGAGGAGAAGAAAGCAGAGGAGCGACGAAAGAAGGCCCUUGAGAAGGAUGAAAAAAGUAGGUUGCUACGGGACCUAGAAGAGGCGAGGGCCGAGCUCAGUAUUUUGAGGAAAGAGAAAGAAAUUUUGAGAAGUCAAGUUGGUGAUCUUCAAGCCGAGAAUACCGCUCUGGCCGCAAAGGUAGGAAGACUUGGGCCCCAGGGAGAGGAGGUUUUGAGGGAUGUCAGGGCAGAGGUAGGACGCACUGGAAGAUUAAGAGCCAGCAGUCUGAAGGGAAUAGCUCGUGCCCCAAGUUAUCGGAGCUCUUCCGGUGGGGAGAAGGCAGCUGAAAAUAGAGCGCCUGUAGUUCCGGCCAAAUCAUGAAGGUCAUGAAUUCACAAGUAUUUAUACAGUUCAACUACAGCAAACCUUACAAUUGGAAGCCAGGUUUGUACUUCUUAUGAUACAUUGCAGAACGGCGUGAAGAAGCAGCGAGUAUGUAGGCGGGUAGUUGUACCCUUGGUACCUCCAGGAGUCCUUUCGACUAUCUUGUUUUGAAGCAUGAUAUUUGACCAAGACCAGGUACUGAACGCAAGCUGCUUGGGUACCAGCCUGCUCAACUUGGUAUUGGAUUCGCUCGGUACAGGAGAAUCCACAGUUCUGGGUCACUGCAAGUGUCUUCAUUACAUCCUGGGACAUGUCCGACUGAUCCUCUGAUGAUCUCGCUCCAACGAGCACUCGGC